UUCUGUAGACAAUGCAAAUGCCUCCUUCAGGCCAAGAGGAGAGCCGUUGUGCCUUUUCAAAAAUGCGAUUCUCAUACCUCAAACCAAGGCUUUUACAUAGCAUAAACGCGUCAAAGCUCAAAACGACGACCCUUCACCAUCAAUCCAACAUGAACCAUAGAGCUGUUGAACAACCCUACUUGGAUCUCCUCCAAGACUGUAACACUCUUCCCAAACUCGCUCAACUCCAUACCCACAUCAUCAAAUUGGGUUUCCAGAAUAAUCCUUUAGUCCUCACCAAGUUCACUUCUGCUUCGUCCAAUCUCGAUGCCAUCCCCUACGCGAUGUCGCUUGUUUUCUCAGUGGAAGAUGCCCGUGUCUAUGACGCCUUCCUUUUCAGUACUAUCAUUAGAGCUUACGCUGAAAGUAGUCAAUCCAAGCACAAUGCUAUAUUUUAUUAUAACCUCAUGCUUGGAUAUGGGAUUUCGCCCAAUAAAUAUGCGUUUCCCUUCGUUCUAAAGGCCUGCGCAGGUCUUAGGGACUUGAAUUUGGGUAAGGCGGUUCAUGGGUCAUUGGUAAAAUUUGGGUUUGAUGAUGAUAUUUUUGUGCAGAACACUAUGGUUCACAUGUAUUGCUGCUGUUCCGGAGGGAUGGAGUUUGCUAGGAAGUCGUUCGAUGAAAUGCCAAAGUUGGACCCGGUUACGUGGACUGCAAUGAUUGGCGGGUACGCACGUUUGGGCCAGUCUGCUGGUGCUGUUGGGCUGUUUAGGAAGAUGCAGAUUGCAGGUGUUUGCCCAGAUGAUGUUACCAUGGUUUCCGUUCUGUCUGCUUGUACUGAUUUAGGUGCCCUUGAGCUUGGAAAAUGGAUUGAGUCUUAUAUCGAGAAGGAAAGGGUUUUAAAAACUGUAGAGCUCUCUAAUGCCCUCAUAGACAUGUUUGCAAAGUGUGGGGAUGUUGAUAAAGCAUUGGGUUUAUUUAGAAACAUGAGCAAGAGAACAAUUGUUUCUUGGACUUCUGUCAUCGUUGGCCUGGCUAUGCAUGGUCGAGGAUUGGAGGCCGUUUCUUUAUUUGAGGAGAUGAAAGCAUCUGGGAUGGUCCCAGAAGAUAUUGCAUUUAUUGGGUUGCUCUCAGCUUGUAGUCACUCAGGUUUAGUUGAAAGGGGCAGGCAAUACUUUAGUGAAAUGACAAGGCAAUUUGGCAUUGUACCUAAGAUAGAGCACUAUGGAUGCAUGGUGGAUUUGUUAAGCAGGGCUGGACUUGUCACUGAGGCACUAGAGUUUGUUGAAAGAAUGCCCAUUGAGCCAAACCCGAUAAUCUGGCGAACUCUGAUUAGUGCUUGCCGCGUCCAUGGUGAGCUCAAGCUUGGGGAAAGCAUCAGUAAACAGUUAAUCAGAAAUGAACCCAUGCAUGAGUCAAACUAUGUGUUACUUUCCAAUAUCUAUGGAAAGAUGUUAGAUUGGGAGAAGAAAUCCAAGAUUAGAGUUGCUAUGGGGAAGAAAGGGAUCCAAAAGGUCCCAGGAAGCACCAUGAUUGAGCUAGACAAUGAAAUUCAUGAAUUUAUUGUAGGAGAUAGAUCACAUAAUCAAUAUAAUGAAAUUAUUAAGAUGGUGAACGAGAUGGGGAGGGAAAUGAAGAGGGCUGGAUAUGUUCCUACUACAACAGAGGUGUUUCUUGAUAUUGAUGAAGAAGAUAAAGAAGAUGCUUUAAGUAGACAUAGCGAAAAGCUGGCUAUUGCUUUUGCACUUCUGAACACACCACCAGGAUCUCCUAUUCGGAUUACAAAGAAUUUGCGGGUUUGUGGUGAUUGUCACUCUGCUUCUAAGUUCAUCUCCAAGAUUUAUAAUCGAGAAAUUGUGAUGAGAGACAGGAGCCGGUUUCACCAUUUCAGAGAUGGGCAAUGUUCAUGCGGAGAUUUCUGGUGAUAAAUGAACAUCAGUUUUGCGCUUGAGCAACAUUCUCUAUGAACCCAUGUUGUAUUGAUCAGAUAGGAUCUAGAGGCUAUUACAGAGCAAGGGAUUGUGUGCCAGAUAUCCCUGAUGAUUAUUCAGCAGGUAGUAUGGUGGUGUCAAAAUUAUGGACAAGAUGGUGUGAUCAAGCAAUGGGACAAUUCUGUUGCAGUGAAGUUUGAUGCAAGCUAAUACAUAAGGAUUUCCAGCAAAUGGGUCACAUUUUGGAAGAAUCUUACAGAAUAUGCAAUUCAAGAGGUCUGGUUGAGGCAUACUGAUCAGGUACUGGAAUAUCCUGAAAGAUGUUUUUAUGGCUGCACCAGGUUUGUCCAGGAACAGGAUCAAAGCUUACUAUUAACGAUCUAUGUACAUGUUACAAAGCAAUUCAUCCAAAUUUUUUUACAAUCCAAAAAUUCAUUUAUGAAUUGAAGCCUUUGAUGCAAAUGACUUUAAUCAUCAAAGUUUCAAGAGUAGUGUAUUCUGCUUGAAUUUGCAUUGGAGAAAUGGAGUUGGCCUUUACAGCUGAGUUGAUCAAUAUGAACUGAUUUGGCGGUAGGAGUUAGUGACCAAUCAAUGAAAUUUAAACCUGCAAGUGAAUGAAAAACCCAGGAAUCAUAUCUAAUUCACACAGACCAAUUGUGAGUUAAGCUAUAUAUUACUAAGUAUAGGCCAUUCAUGCAUCAAUAUGAUGCACACUCAAACAUAAGCAUGGCUGCAGGCUCCAACAUAACCUUGCGUGAGAGAGCAUGAUCAUCCUACAGGUACACACUCACCCUGAAUAGACUACUUACUUUUAUAUGAAGUCCAUUUCCAAAUCCUCAGGUCAUGUCCUUCUCUUUCCUUGGAGAAGCUAGAUUUGUCAAUCAUCUCUACAUAUCAAAUUUUCAAUUCCCUUGGUCAAAAUAAUUUGCCCUAUAAAUCGUAUUUCAGCAUGUCAUAUGGGUGUUUCAUAGGCAUUAUUCCACAAUGAUUAGAUACUUCUUUGAUCAAUCAUUAAUUUUUGCAUGUGGAAACUGAUUUCUUCUGGCAAGCACCCAGCAUGUUCUAGAACUGUAACAGUAUCAGUUUUGAUAUUUUUUCUUCUCCCUUCUUUCUGGGGAUAGGGGCCCAGGGCACAGGUGUGUGGUUUCUGAAUAUUGGUUUUGAUAAUGUUCAUAGAAGGAAAAACAGAAGGGCCACUGCUAUAUCCAAAAGUAUAUAUUCCAGGGAUAAUGCAUGUUCAAUAUUCCUAUUUUUUUUUUCUUACCUUCCAUUCCAAUGACUCUCCAUGACAUUUAACUGCCUUGUGUUUUGCUACACAAUAUGGAGUGGGAUGAAUAGGGAAACGUAAAAGAUGAAAACUAGAUAAAUAAAAAUCCUUCUAAAUGACUAAAACCUUUAAUUUUGCAACACAAGAAACAUCUCAAAUGAUGCCAAAACAAUCUAAUUUGUCACAAAUUGUGGUGGAGGUCAAUGCCAGGACCUGCAUAUAAGAGAACCUCCUAAGACGUUUAACUUUGCCAGUGCAAGUAUGGCAAAGGGAGGAUCCUUAGUUCCAUACCUUAAUUUCUAGUGUUUCUCAUGCUCUUUUCCUAUUAAUUUUGAUGCUAUGGUUUGUUUCCUUUCCUUCCUAGUUUUCAAUUUUUAUUUUUUUUUCAGUUGAAGACGUUUUUGAAAGCUUUACCAUGAAAGCUUUUACUCAUUAUUGACAAACAAAUAUUGACUUUAUUUUUGCUAUAAGGAAAGAAAGACGGUUUGGUCUAUCACUGACAUCAUAGAUUCCAAUGGAUUCCCUGCUGACAAAUCCUAAACUAGUGGUUGGGUAUCUGCUGCCCUUAUUUUAGGUACACAAUUUUGACUCUUUUGUUGCUUCAUAAUCUAUGCUCCAUUUUCAUGAAUCGUAACACUUAUUUUGAUAGUAAUCUAUGCUCCAUUUCAUAUCAAGUAUGCAAAAGAAUUCCCGAGAUGACUCAUUUUAAUCAGGUAUCGUCUUGAGUAUUCUAUCAAUUCAACUCCAGAGAUUAUGAAAUAUUGGUUUUAGUAUUCUUUUCAGUCAUGACUUUUUACCUUAAUGCAGAUUGCACUUCAAAUCCAAUUCUUCCUGUUACUCUUGUUAAUAACGUUUGUUUUCCAUGAGAUAGUUGUAGGUACAAACUGUUAUCCAGGGUCACUAAGGACCUGGAUAACAUAUAAGCUCUCUCUCUCUCUCCCUCUCUCUCUCUCACACACACACACAUAAAACACAUGAGGUUAUUUUACAUUACACAAUUUCGGUGUUUCCACCAGCAAAUGAUCAUAUGUACAAAAACAUAUUUGUUUGACCAGUGAAAACUUAACUUUUGUCCAAUUGUCAAUGUAAGAGAAAAUUUAUAUAAAUUUCAAUUGACUAAACCAUCAAAAUUCUUCUGGGGAUCGAAAUAUGUGAGACGCUCUCCACAAUGGGAAUAGCAGUGAAUCUUAUAACAUACUUGGUUAGGACAAUGCAUCUGCCAAAUGCUACUUCUGCCAAUACUAUAACUGAUUUCAUGAGUCUUCUUUUCUUCUGUUUUUGCUUGGUGGCUUCCUUACAGACUCCUUAGGCAGAUACAAGACCAUUGUAACUUUGUCUGUAGUGCAAGUUCUUGUAAGUUAAUCUUCUUUUAUUUUCUUCUUCUUGCUAUGUUUUACCCACCCCCAUCAAAUAAAAAGAAGAAAAAAAAGGGAAAAUGAAAAAAUACAACCCUCUAAAUAACUUUUGCCUUUUCUUCUUUACUUCUACUGGAUUUCUAAUAUGGUGAAAUGCGAAAAUGAUGUAAUAAUGGUGAAUCAGGGUACCAGCAUGUUAGCAGUAUCAACCAAACUGCCACAGUUACGCCCAGCUUCUUGCCAUGCUACUGCAACCAACAAUACAAACAAGCUAGCAAAUUCCGGAUGGAAAUUCCUUAUGUAUCUUUAUAUCCAACUACACUUAGAACAGGUGGUCUAAAAUCAAGUGUAUCAGGUUUUGGAAUUGAUCAGUCAAAUAAUCUACUUCUUCAAUAGGUUCUUCUUCAUUAGCAUUGGAACUUUGAUGGCAGUUAUUGAACUUGUCUGCAUUCAAGUUGAAGUGGGUCGAAGCUGGAGUUAUGGGAUCUGCUUUGUUCCGAUGUUUGCUGCUAUUUUGAUAUUCUUAUCAGGAAUUAAAGAUACAGAUACAAGAAAAGCCCAGGAAGCCCCAUAGUCCACAUCCUCCAAAUUAUUGUGGCUACCACAAGGAAGAUGAAGACUGAAGAUACCUUCUAAUGGUGGUGUAUUGUAUGAGGAUUUUCCAGGAGUUUCAAGAAUUGACCAGACAGAUGAAUUCAAGUGAGCAGAAAUGUAGCACAGCAUUUUAUUACUUUCA